AUGUUUGCAGCUUAUUUUGAUUGCCCAGGAGGCCCAGAAAAUCUCUAUAUGAAAGAAGUGAUGAAACCAAGUCCAGGACAAGGAGAAGUUCUUGUGAAGGUCUCUGCCAGUGCUCUGAAUAGGGCAGAUUUACUCCAGAGGAGAGGGAAGUACCCUCCCCCGGAAGGAGCAAGUGAUAUUUUAGGCUUAGAAGCAGCUGGGAGUGUGGCUGGGCUGGGUCCUGGCUGCAGGGGCCGGUGGAAGAUCGGUGAUGCAGUGAUGGCUCUGCUCUCCGGAGGAGGUCAGGCACAAUACGUUACAGUUCCUGAGGGCCACCUGAUGCCAAUCCCCAAAGAUAUGACUUUUAUCCAGGCUGCAGCCAUUCCCGAAGCCUGGUUAACAGCAUUUCAGCUGCUGCAUUUUGUAGGUAAUAUACAGGAGGGUGAGACAGUGCUGAUCCAUGCUGGAGCCAGCGGAGUUGGCAUGGCAGCCAUUCAGCUGGUGAGACUGGCAAAAGCAAUUCCCAUCGUGACAGCAGGAACUCAAGAGAAACUGAAAGCAACAGCAAACGCCGGAGCAGCUGCAGGGUUCAACUACAAGAAUGAAGAUUUUAGUGAAAAAGUCUUGGAGUUCACCCAAGGUUCUGGAGUGGAUAUUAUUUUAGAUUGUGUUGGUGGCUCAUACUGGGAGAAGAAUCUCAACUGUCUGAGUACUGAUGGCCGGUGGAUUAUUUAUGGACUACUGAGUGGAGGUGAAGUGCAUGGGGAUUUGCUAGCAAGGCUGCUCUCCAAAAGAGCCAGCAUCCACACGAGUCUGUUACGGUCACGAGACAAGGAGUAUAAGGAGCGGCUGGUGAGAGCCUUCACAGAGGACGCGCUGCCCUAUUUUUCCGGAGGGGCUUCCCCGCGUCUCCAGCCGCUCGUGGACAGCGUUUACCCCCUGCACAAGAUCGCAGAGGCACACAGGGUUAUGGAGGAAAACAAGAACACCGGCAAAAUCGUCAUCGAAGUGCCCGUUUGCUUCAAGAAAGGGCCCCUGCUGUAGCUGUGCUGGGUGACAGGGUCACCGCGGGUGUUGCACUGCAGAGAUCCUGCCGCUUUCUGCUCCAAACCGGGAUCGCUUAUUGGGGGCGGUGAGGAGGGGCAGAGGAUUACGGGAGGCGUUUAUUGAAAAGGUGGCGAGGAGGGGUAAAGGAUAACGGGAGGCGUUUAUUAAAAAGAGGUUCGUGUUGCA